AUGGUAGGUAACAACUCAGUGAAUGAUGUUUUUUUGCAGCAACCAGUCAAUGACCGGGUCAUUAUUGUACAGAUCCUGGUAAUAAUUUUUCUUUGCAUUAACAUGUUGCUCAUUGUGAUCUUUGUUAAAAAGGAAUGUUUUCACACAUCUGCACGUUACAUCUUAUUUUUUGUAACAUUGCUGUCAGACAGUGUUUUGUUAUUGGUGUCGGAUGUUUUGCUUAUAUUGACCAAUUUUGAAUUUACAAUGCCGGUGUGGUUGUGUAUAGCUAUCUCUGGUGUUGUGUUUCUUUACUUCAUUGUCACACCAGUUACUCUGACAGCAAUGACUCUGGAGCGCUAUGUGGCCAUUUGUAUGCCCCUGCGUCAUGGACAACUGUGCUCCACACGCAGCACUAUGUACUGUAUCCUGAUCAUUCAUCUUCUCAGCUCUGGCCCUUGCAUAAUUAUUCUGUCCAUGUUCUUUGCAUCUGCCUCACUUAACUUCUACAAGCAAUCCAUGAUAUGUAGUGUAGAGGCAUUUACUCUUUACAGAUGGCAGGAUCAUGUUCGAUCAGCUGUGUAUCAAUUUUAUUUCUUGAUUAUGGGCACCACUAUUGCAUUCUCAUAUGUUCAAAUAAUGAAAGUGGCCAAAGCUGCAUCAGGAGAGAAAAAGAAGUUGACACAUAAGGGACGCAAAACAGUGAUCCUUCAUGCUUUCCAGUUGUUGCUCUGUCUCAUUCAGCUGUGGCGCCCAUUCAUUGAAACUCCACUACUUCAGAUCGAUUUCAGUUUAUUUCGAAAUGUCAGAUUUUUUAACUACAUUAUGUUUAAUAUUGCUCCAAGGUGCCUGAGUCCUCUGAUCUAUGGCCUCAGGGAUAGAAAAAUUUCUCUUGUACUGAAAAGUCUUAUGCCUACUUCAUCCUGUUCAAAAUAA